GUCGCACGUUGGGUUAGACUUAACUGAGUCUCGGUCAAAUGGAUGGACGACUCAGAGGCAGUAAGUUGGGGUCAUCAAUGACAAGUCGGAUGAUUUUACUCACUCAUCCAGCCAGGAGUUGGAUCUUUAUGAUUUAAUUGGAACUCUGUUCCUAACCAAAGUAGUCUGCUUGUAAGACGUGCCUCAGCCAAUUACAAGUAUGGUGAAAAGGUGNAUUAACGAGAAACGCAUAUCUAAGUUACAUCGUUCUGGUGUACUUGAUUCAUUUGACUUCCAGUCAUAUGAUGUAUGUAAAUCUUGUUUACUUGGUAAAAUGACAAAGGCUCCAUUCACCGGUCACGGUGAGAGGGCGAGUGACUUAUUGGGCCUCAUACACUCCGAUGUCUGUGGUCCAAUUAGCACUGUAGCUAGAGCAACACACACACUCAACAGAGUUCCAUCUAAAGCUGUCGAGAGCACACCAUACGAACUAUGGCGUGGGAGAAAACCGAGUUUCUCGUACUUUAAGAUUUGGGGCUGUAAAGCUUAUGUAAAACGUCUCAUGACGUCUAGUAAGUUGGAGCCUAAAUCUGAUAAAGUAAUUUUUGUGGGAUACCCCAAGGAAACUAGAGGGUAUGAGUUCUAUCAUCCAUCUGAUAACAAAAUUUUCGUUGCUCGGAAUGGAACCUUCCUUGAGAAGGAGUUUCUUUCUGCUAUCACUAGUGGGAGAAAGGUAGACCUCGAAGAAAUUCGAGAACCACAAGAAGAAGUCCCGAUAGUGUUGGAACCUGAGCAAAGAGAUCAAGCAAUUGAACCUAAAAUUGCUCAAGAUAUACCACGUAGGUCAGACCGGAUACGUAAUCCUCCGGUCAGAUAUGGAUUUCUCAUGUCUGAUGAAGGUGACGUCUUGUUGGUAGAUCAAGGCGAACCAGAGACCUACCUCGAGGCAAUUACAUGCCCCGAAUCCGAUCUAUGGCUCGAAGCCAUGAAAUCUGAAAUGGAGUCUAUGUACACAAACCAAGCUUUGUUUUGGGUAUGCCGCAGCGCGUAUUCAGAAACGUAGAUUACGUACAUAGGAUUUGCCACUACUCUUUUUAAAGAGAUUAAUGUCUUAUGGGGCCCACUGAUAAGUCAUGAUUGAGAAAACUGCAUGGCCAUGCUAAGAUGCUUUUAUGACGUCUGUUCCUAUUAUUCCGACUUGAUAAAUCAGUGAAUGACUU